AUGCCAUUGACCAGCUCAAACUCAUUCCCUUCCUUACCAUCUUACACCCCCUCUGGUUCAUUCCAAUCACUCUCAGACCUCCCAUCGCCCAUCAUGUCUCCGACAUCCAUCAUGCCUCCUUCCACUCCCAAAUCAUUCCCCACAUCCACAUCCACAUCCACAUCCACCUCUCACCCAACAACACUCAGCAAAUCAACCUCCAAUUCUUCGCUUACAUCACCAACUAAGACACCCAAUUCAAGUUCGAAGAACUACCAUCCCUAUCUUAUCCAUUCAUCCGCAUCGUCCCUUCUGACUCGAACAAACUCUUCGCCUGCUCAACCUCCCUCUUCACCAAGUCAUCAUCGAUCAAGUAGAUCGAUGUCCUCUCUCAAUUACAUAUUGGAUAACCCCAAUGCUCCAAAAGAUCAGACAGAAGAUAGAAGGAAGAGUAUGGAAAGUCCUUCGAGUCAAAGGAUUAGACCUGGAGUGAAGAGGAGUGGGACAUUACCUGAGUUCUUGAACAGGGGUGGGAAAGGUAAAGUCGACAAAAAGGAGAGGGAGAUUGAUUUACCAAUGAACCCGAAAUUGUGGACCCCAUCCGAACUAUCACAAUACCUUGGGUACACCCUUCGAACGGGGGGACCAGAAGGGACUGGUCAUAUCCUCCCUGCACCGUUGGUGGAAGAUAUCAAAUCGUGGGUAUUGAGACAGAGGGUGUCGGGUAGAGAUUUCUUGAAAGGUAGUUCAGAUGGAUGGGGCAACACCACUCGUCCACCACCUUUUCUCCCCCUUCUGCAGACCAUCGCUCGUCGUCUCCGUCGACAUUCCCUUUCUGGCAGGAUCGAAUCGGUUCCCUCCAACCCUGACGACUCGUUCGGUAAGGGAUCGAUCCUAUUGGAAGAGAGCGAAGAUGAGGAGCAAGAAGACGAGAUGACAGGAGUGAAGAGGAUGGCCAACGCAUUCGAUGCGAAGAGUUCAAGUUCAUCCGUGUCUGAUAGUGGUACGAGUGGAGAUGAGGAGGACAAUGGAAUGGGGAAAUUGAAACCUCAAUUGACGGGUGAGAGUGUCACCGAACGAUGGAAAGCUUGGGAAGAUAAGUUAGAUCGGAACAGGGAAAUAGGUAGAAAGGUAUCGGACGUUUCUUCGAUGGGAAGUAUAAGUGAACAAGAGGGAUAUACAUCUUCUACAUCUGCCAAAUCAGCGGAUCAUCUACCUGAGGAGGAAGAGGAUGACGACGAAGAGCAAGGUGGUGGAACGAUCAAAGCGCCCCCUCCUCAGGCUGCAGCUCUCAACUUUACGGAAGGUCUUACACCCCCACCACCGUAUACCUCGUCUUUCCCUGAUCCCGAUCCCAUCGAUAACAGAGCCAUGCCAACACUAGUGGAAUGUCUUACACCGGAACGAACGAGGGAGAGCGAAGAAGGUAGAUUCUCCGUGACGCCCACACCCGAACGACCAUCUGGUCAAGGCAAUGCAGGAUUAGGUAUCAUGACGCCUUCUCCCUCUCCUGAUUCUACGCCUUGUCGAUCUACCCGACGUGAUGUGGGAUCAUCGUUCUCGUCGUCGUCACCAUCGAAACAUAUGAAGAAUAUAUCGAAUCAUCCUAAUAUCAAUCCUUAUGCGGCAUUACGUAGAAGAUCAUCAUCAGGUCCUAAAUAUCCUUCAGUCAGAGAUUUGAAUAUGCAAUCGGUCAAGGGUGAUGUCCCUGACGAAGAAGGGGAUGUGGAUGGAGAAGAAGAAGAAGAAGGGUAUUUGAGACCCGCACAGAAAAGUCCUGCUGCAGCUAAUUUCGCGGGAUUGGAACUGGAGGGAUCGAGAUGGACUACUGCUAGGAGAGUUACGCUCAGACCGUCCAAAGUGCAGAGUAUAUUUGAUGAGACGACUUCGACCUCGACUUCCAGUAGUAUGAACAUGGAUAGACACAGUCAUGAUCAAGGAGAAGGUGAUAAGAGGAAGAUGACAGAUCAGAUGGAGGUGUUGAUGAAUAGGAUUAAAGAGCUGGAGGACAAAUUGGAGAAUGUCACAAGUACGACCGAUGAUAAGUCUACAAGGAAGAGGAAGAACAGGGAUGUGGUUAACAACGAUAAUCAUACUAGGAGCAUCUUGGAUUUGCUUGGUCUAGGCUCAAGUGCAGGAAGAGAAGAUGAGGAUGAUAAAUUGCCCAGAACGGUCAGGGAAUUACCAGUGUAUCUUUUCUUGGUAGGAUUUGGAGUUGGGGCUGUGAUGGUCAGAGUUCUAUUCGGGAGAUCUAGAUGA